UCAGUCUUCUGCCAUAAAUUUUUUUAGAUUCAAGAUUUUGUCUGGAUUAAAUAUGUCUUGUUUUAAAUGGACAAUCUGAUUUUAUGUUGUAUUCUUGCAAAUUAUUUCACUUCAGCUAUUUUUUUGUUUCAUUCAAAACAAUCGGAGAUCCCACGUAUAUAAAAAUCGUUAUAAAAACGUCUUAUCAUUUUUAAUAUAUUUUAUUGAUGUAACUGGUUUAGAAUGGUUUAAUAUCCGGGAUAGAAAUGGGUUUUAAACCUUUGUCGUUAAUGCAACAUAUUAAGAGUACAAAAGGAUUCGACAAAAUUUUGCGGAAAGUGAACAUUUUGUCAAUGGAGAAUGGCAAUGGUUUGGCCGAGUUAACAAUAGCCGAGGAACAUACAAAUUUAAUGGGUACUUUACAUAAUGGUUUUUCAGCAUUGUUAGUUGAUCAUAUAUCUAGUUUUGCGCUAACAACCCAUAAAGCAGGAGAUUUCCCACAUGUUUCAAUUAAUAUGCACUUGACAUACUAUAGAACUGCAAAUUUGGGAGAUACUAUUCAAAUUACUUCCAAGGCAGUUAGUGUUGGUCAAACUUUGGCAUUUUUAGAUGUGCUCAUAAAAAACAAAUCAACAAGUGAUUUAAUAGUUAAGGCUAGUCAUACAGCUUAUAUCACAAGACAUUCAUGGUAAACUACUGAUGUUAUUUUUUAAAUUUUAUAUUGAGUUAUUCUUUCAAAUAUGUAAUAAAUAAGUGAAGAUGUCAAUAGUUUUGGUCAGUUUAGUAAUUUCAAAGUGACAAAUAUAGCUGUAAAGUAAAUUUUACAUAGGUUUGUAACCAGUUUGUAGUUCUACAAACUGGUAAUUUGUGCACUCAAUUUAAGCAGAUAUUGACUUGAAACAAAAACAGUAAAAUUUUAUUAUAAAAUCUUUAUUUUGUUUUUUAAUAUCAGUAUCAAAAUUUUGGUUAAACACUUCAUGCAACACUUGUAGUAAAUUUAUUUACUAGGUUGUGUACAUUCUCAGAAAGGGCACAGUAGAAGAAUACUAGCUUGAUUGGCAAAAAGUCCCACCAAGUGAAUUUAAUUCUAAU